CUGUCUUCUGAACAAAAUGGCAGUGCUGGACUUUGACUGGCUUUGGGAUGCGCUGCCUGGCUCGUUCCAGACGCCGAUCGCGCAAAACUUGCUCGCUGUUCUCGGCCUGCUCGUCCUCGCGCGCGCCGCACUGCUCCCGGUGCUCCGUGCGCUCCGUGGCAUCUUUUCGUUCUUCCUGCGUCCUGGCAAGAACCUCAAGCGACUGGGCGAAUGGGCAGUCGUUACGGGCGCUACAGACGGCAUUGGCGAGGCAUACGCGCACGAGCUCGCUCGCAAGGGUCUCAACAUUGUCCUGAUCUCGCGCACCCAGGCAAAGCUCGACAAGACCGCCGGCGAGAUUGCGGCAAAGCACAAGGUCAACACUCAGACGAUCGCGUUCGACUUUAGCCAGCUCAACGCCUCCACCGCUGGCCCUCUUCGUGCCCGUCUUGCCAAUCUCGACGUUGGCGUCCUCGUCAACAACGUUGGCGUCAGCUACGACCACCCCGCGUUCUUUACCGAGUUGAGCGAGGCCAAGCUGCUCGAUCUGAUUCAGCUCAACAUUACUUCGACCACUCUCAUCACGCAAAUGAUUCUUCCCGGCAUGGUUGAGCGCAAGCGUGGUGCCAUCGUCAACGUUUCGUCGUACUCGGGCAUGCGCCCAACGCCACUCUUGACCGUGUACUCUGCUGCCAAGGGCUACGUUGAUUACUUUUCGCGGGCUCUCGAGCUCGAGUACUCGAGCAAGGGCAUUUCCAUCCAGUCCGUCACCCCGCUUCUGGUUGUGUCCAAGUUGAGCAAGGUUCGCGCCGCUCUCACCAUCCCAACGCCCACCGCCUUUGCUCGUCAAGCCGUUGCCACCAUUGGCCACGACUCUCGCACCCUUGGCUACUGGGCGCAUGCUCUGCAGAGCUGGGCCAUCUCCCUGCUGCCCGAAGACAUGAGUGACAAACUGCUCAUGAACCACCACCUCAGCAUCCGCUCUCGCGCACUGAAGCGGGCCAACGCCAAGAAGGGCGAGUAAAGCCUCGAUGUUUCGAGAAAGCAGCUGUUGGGGGGGGAGGCGCGCGACUGACUUGUUCUUCGGUUGAGUUUGUCGGUUUGGCGCAUGCAAUUCGUCUUGCGUCGUUCCACGUUGCUUUCCCUGUUAUGGCUCCUAUCCAAUCUAGCAACUAUUCAUUCUGA